AGUCAGCCAUGUUUAGUGUUUGAAAUGGAGGUGUCCGCACAUGAAUAGUGAUAAAAAUAAUAGAUUUGUGGAAAUAAUCUCGUUAUUCCAUAGUUAUAAACAGUGCUAGUGAGUUUUCAAUGUAUAUUGUGCAUAGUGAGUGAUAAACAGUAGUGACAAUGAAUUGGGGUACUGAGCUUUGGGAUCAAUAUGAUAACUUAGCCGCCCACACACACAAAGGAAUUGAAUUUUUAGACAAAUAUGGAAACUACGUAAAGGACAGAUGUGCGAUAGAAUUAGAAUAUGCAGGAAAACUCAGGAGACUCGUAAAAAAUUAUCAACCUAAAAGAAAAGAGGAAGAUGAAUACCAAUACACAGCCUGUAAAGCGUUCAGACAACUUCUUCAAGAGUUAGGCGACUUCGCGGGUCAGCGCGAAGUUGUAGCGGAAAACUUACAGUCCAAUGUAGUUCGGGAGUUGCAUCUACUCGCCAAGGAAUUACGCGAGGAGAGGAAGCAACAUUUAAACGAAGGUUCGAAACAAAUGGCGUUGCUCGGAACAGCCGUCGGUUCGCUGGAGAGAGCGCGGAGGUCGUACGAGCGUGCGGCGAGGGAGUCCGAGCGGGCGCUAGACGUGUAUCAGAAGGCAGAAGCUGACUUUAACCUAAGUCGAGCGGAGGUAGAAAAACAGAAAAUGAAUAUGAAACUCAGAAGUCAAGCGUGCGAGGAGGCGAAACAGGAAUAUAUGGACCAGCUCCGGAAAACAAAUGAAGCGCAAAGACAGCAUUACGAGCAACGGCUACCACACGUUUUCAAACAACUUCAGGACUUAGAUGAGAAAAGGAUAAAGAAUAUCAAGAAUUUCAUGUUGAGUUCAGUGGAUGUCGAAAGAAAGGUGUUUCCGAUUAUAAUUCAGUGCCUCGACGGAAUGGAGCACGCAGCCAAAAGUAUUAACGAAAAAGAGGAUACACAGCUAGUAAUAGAAAGGUAUAAGUCGGGUUUCGUACCACCGGAAGAUUUCCGUUUCGAGGCAGCGACCGGUGCGGACGCAACCGACUCUGCGACCACGCACGCAACACACAACCACCUCACGGCGGCGCGGGGCACCGUUUCCGGUAACCGGAUCAAGAAGCGAGGCGGCCUCCUCUCCAUAUUCAGCUCUAAUAAGAUUAUUGAGGCGUGCAACUCGUUUAAGAAUAACAUGUCGAUGGAUGGGAAGGAGGAUUAUUCAGAUUUGCCACCGAACCAGAAGAAAAAGAAACUUCAAGCAAAAGUACACGAGCUGACAAAACAGGUUGGCCAGGAGCAAGCUGCCAUGGAAGGUCUUAUGAAAAUGAAAGGUGUCUACGAGACAAAUCCCACCUUAGGCGAUCCGAUGACUGUAGAAGGUCAACUUAACGAGUGUUGCGAUAAGUUGAAGAAGCUGCGCACACAGUUGCGUAAAUACGAGGAUCUACUGACGGAGGCGAACAAUCAGGUGUGCGCGCCGCCGAUACAUCCCACCGCACGGACUAAUGGCGCCGCGCCUACACAAGCUACUAGUAUUGGAUCAAACAGCGAAUCUCUCUCACGGUCGGCGUCGGAAUCGUCUGUCAGUACCGGAACCGGGUGCAUAGGCACCGGGACCGGCCCGGGCGUCGGUGGCGGCUCCUGUACCGGUGGCCGGGCCGCCGGGGGCUCCCCGGAGUCCGGCUUAGGAGGAGAGCUGGCCGCGGCACAUACAGACCACACAAAUGGUGACCACGACGAGAACGACCACGACCACGACCCUGACCAUGACUUUUACGGAGAUUACUAUUAUGAAGCGGAUCUACAGCCGCUGGGAUACUGCAAGGCGCUUUACGCUUUUGAAGCGAACGGCACGGGCUCAACAAUGCGCAUGGAAUGCGGCGAACAACUUCUGGUACUGGAGACGGACGCAGGCGACGGCUGGACGCGCGUCCGACGCAGCAACACCAGCGAGGAGGGCUUCGUGCCCACCACUUACAUCGUGACCACGCUCUACGCGGACGCACACCACUAGCCGAUGUUUGACCACUCAGGUGUGCUCCGACUGCUGUUUAACUGUGGUGGUUACUUUACGCGUUGAGUGUGAAACAGUUUAGUGCUCGAGGACUAAGCCACUACGGACUUGUGCAAUCAUUUGCGGCGCACGCGCAUAUUGAAUGUUCUUUGUGGCCUAUACAUUGUUAUUUCGGCAGAGGUCAGUGUAAGGAAAUCUUAAAAACCCACAAUAUUCUAUUUCCUUUGCCAUUGAAGAUAAGCUUUACAGAAGGCAGUCGAUAUCGUGCUAUCUCUUUCCCACAAUAUACGGACGUGACACCAAUGUGAAAGAGAUGGCACGACAUCGACCGUCAUUUGUAAGAGUAUUCUUGGUUAUUCUAUGCAUACGAUAGAACAGUGUAGGUUCUAGUUUACAGAUUAUUGUAACAUGAUAUAAUGUUUUAUAUAUAAUAAUGGAACCUAUACUGUCAUAGUAUGUACUGCAAUACUAAAUAGUAUAUUUUAUUCACGAAACCCUACCAGCAACAUAGGGUCGGCAAUUUCGCAACAUCACAGGAGAACAGAUUAGAGUUUGGGAUUUUAUUUUUAUAUAUUUAUUUGCCUUAAUUUACAAAUUGUUUAAACCGUGGUAACCAUUAAUAGGUAAUCAGUAUUUAUGAAAUAGUAUAAAAAUAAUUAAAUUGUAGGUGUAAAAAUGUUUUUCUGAGGGUUAGGAUAGUGAGUUAAUGAAAUGUGGUAUAUACCACUAAGUUAAUGAAAUGUUUGAACUUUAUUUAUUAACUUAAACAAUUGCGGAACACAGGAUCCUGCGUUGUUGUUAAGGAAUGAUGAUUUGUGAAAACGCGUGUGAAACUAAUAAGUAAUGUGGUGUGAGACAUACGGGCGUUGAUUCCAGAGAAAAGAGAGAAUCGUAAAUCUAUCUGUAUUACGUUUUAAAUUGAAAUACAUUUUUACCGAAAAUAAGACUAGCUGUGUAUAUUGUUUUGAAUCUCGAAUAGUAGUUGUACUAGUAAUACUCAGUGGCGUGCAUAGAGGGUACGCACAGGGUAUGCAGAUGAUAUAAAAUGAAAAAAAAUC